CCAAGUCCGACAUUCUACACUUCAAUGGAGGAACAGCCCAAAGAUCGGGCUCAAGAAAGGCAAUAUUACCAUCACGGAGAAGAUAGAAAUUCUAUUCAACAUACGUCUUGUCUAAAACAUGAUCAGAGCCACUUCCAGUACCAGCAUCAGGAAACGCAGACGAAGAAAACAGGAAAUAGAAAAAUAAACUUCAGUGACGAAGAGGGGGAGAAGAAUCCACAUACAUUUGAUGUUAUGUCGCAUCCUUCCAACAGCAAUGGUAACAGACACAUAACAAAUGCAAACGUGAAACAGAAGUCUGCGCAGAAGCCGUACACAACUGUUUCAAAAGUAAGCAGCAAAGGUGUGGACUAUAAGAAGAGUAUGGACCUAAAAAAUGACAAGGAAAAGGCCCUGGAUUUGAAUCACCAUGAGAGCCAGCCUCUGGAUAAGAAAGAUACUCUAUUACUUCAAAAUGGUGUUGUAAACUGUGGCUUCAUUACAAAUGGAUAUUCUAGCAAGCAGGCUAUAGACAAUGAUGGUAGUGGCUCAGAAGGUGGCUAUACUACUCCGAAGAAACGCAAGGCCAGAUGUAACAGCAUUAAGAAUACUGAGAAUAUGUUAAGGGAAAAGGAAAGAGACAUGCAGCAAGGCAAUGCAUCACACGAGUCUGGGGCUUUUAAUCUUGAGACGACUGAGAAGGGAGUAAAUUCAAGACUUGAAAGUUUCAGAGGUGUCAACAAAGUGGAAACUCAAUCAGCAUCUAGACGGGUUCUUUCAUCUGAGGCUUCAAUGGCUGAAUCACAGAGGAAAAACUCUGAUGGUAAAAACUUAGGCACCUUUGGUAAAAAGUUUGAGGAAAGGCACAAAGCCAAGCUUUCUUCCCAGUCAAAAGAGGACUCGUGGACUUUGUUCAAGCCCCCUCCAGUAUUUCCUGUGGACAAUAGCAGUGCUAAAAUUGUGCCCAAGAUCAGUUAUGCAAGUAAAGUAAAAGAGAACCUCAACAAAGUAGCCCAAGCUGGAGGGGAACCUCUACCUACCCCUGUAAGACUAACACAAGUCCCCAUGUCCGCAAUGAAAACUAUCACCUCAGCUAGCUUUACUAAUGGUCCUGUUUCUGGAAAUGGAAACGGCUGCCCGUCAGUGGGCACUUUCUUUGCUCCCGCUGCUAGUAGUAUUCCACCAGCCCCAUCUCUCCCAAGUGGCGAGAAUGUAGCAACUCCUUUGGACAGUAACUGUAGCUCUACAAACAGUCCCGUCGAUGCAGAAGCUUAUGACCUGAGAAAGUGUACUCUUUUAAUUUACCCUUUAAAUAUGCAACCUGUGCUCCCUAGUGCUCGACAGCUUGACCCACCACCUGCUCAGACAAAUCAGAAAGCCUUAGGAGAUAUCUUCCAGAAUCAGUGGGGGCUUUCCUUCAUCAAUGAGCCCAGCUUGGGAACAGAAGGGGGAAGUGGGCACCUGGCUGGGGAGGUCAAGACUACUGUGGUCACAUUUCAAGAAGAGUGUCCUACUGUCGCAGCCAAGGCUGCCCAGACACGCCUUGACACUAGCCAACCAAUCCCGGAGCCAGUGAUAUUGGCUCAAGACUCAGAGAAAAGGACUUGUGCCCCUGGCAAUGUGUCUAAUGUUUUCUCCCCUGCUCGUGUGAUGGGUGAGGAGACAAAGAUACAUCAUUUUGACCAGGAAAAGACAAAAGCUGAAGCCAAGAGUUCAGGUUCUGUUGUGUCAGCCCCCAGUAAAGACAUUGGUGCUAAGCCCAUACAGGGCCUGCUGACCACCUUGUCCUUUGGUGCGUCCAAGGAACAGGCUAACCCGAAAGACCUUGAUAGAAGGUGUAGCUGGGGCUCGUUUGAUGUCAAAGCUGCUGUCACGUAUCACACUAAAGAAAUGGAAUACAUUUUCACUUUGCAAAAACAAGAUCCAAAACGAGUAGUGGUUUAUGAUGAGACCAAGGAUGGACCUGAUCAGUGAGCUAGAUUGUCUACAGUACUAGCGUACUUCUCUCUCUCCAGGGUGCUGCAGUUAUCUACCUUGGAAGUCACGAUCCUGUUGGCUAACUAAAAUAACUGACAAAUAAACAGUUGAGUGUCGUCUCAGAUUUUUUUUUUUUUUUUUUUUUUUGAAUAUAGGUCGCAAAUAAUGCACACAUUGGGGGCAUCAGAUGGAUGGAUUUGGUUCAGAAGUGCACAGACUUAGAUUUAUUUUUUAUUUUUUUUCUUUUGGAAAGUUGUUCGGUGCCUCUCCAAUAUGAUGAAUGGACACUUAACGCCAUUGAGCCGUGAUGGAUGACCGUCUCACAGUUUGGUGGAAAAUUAUGUUGGGAGUACAACAAAAGGAAGGUGUCAUCUGCACCUCCCAAGCCUUUAUCCUGUUGUCUAUUGGACUGUGGCAACCGUCAUUCUGACUGUAGAAUGCCUCUGUCAGUUUUUUUUUUUUUCUUUCACACAUUCAAGUUAGUUCAUUGUAGAUAUAUUAGAAUUUAUACAUACACAUCAGUGUGUAAGUUUGACUUCCUUAUGAAAGAAAUGAGAACACACUUUGAAAAGAAUGCCUUGAAGUUGUGAAACUGAGUGGUUAGGAGUCCUGGUUAAAUUGCGAGCUGUAUGACAAAGUUGAAAGGUAAGAUCCAAUCCAGUGAGGGAGAACUCGUCUUAAAUGCGUAGGGGAAAGUAGAAUGCCCAGUAAAUAAUAACCCAUUCUUUUCUUUUUUUUUUUGUCUACAUGAUUAAGUAUUAUCAGCACCGUGGAAGGACCCCAGAGCACAAAUACAAAAGUGCCCGAGUUGAAGGAAAGUCACAUCCCUUCAUUUGUUGUUUUUUUUUUCUUUUGAAAGCUGUGCAAAACAUUUAAAAACCAGAUUAUCAAAAUGUAAACUUUUUUUAAUUUUAUUUUAAAGCUUCACACAUUUCUUGCGGUCUAUUGAUAUUGUGUUGGUGCAGGCUGUUUGAUUCAUAUGCCUUUAUGCUGUCAUAUGAAUCAGGAGUUAAGGAAUUGCGCUAAAGUGAUGUAUGUGGAAAAAGAGAUUGCUAAGAGUGAGUGGUAUUCUGUGUUUUGGGCUAUUUGCUAUGAAGCAAAACUCAGGAUCCAUCCUUACCAAUUUUUUGCCUGCAUUUUCUCUUCAUGGAAUUAAGGUUAAUUUUAUAUCGUCAAAGAAAAUUUUCAUUUUUUAAAAUGACAAGUUUUAACUUAGUUUUGCUAACUUAAUAUUUGGAUUUUAAUUUUCUGUCUGAUUACUAUGGCAUUAUAUUUCAUGCAUGUUUACUGGUGGAGAAGAGUCAAAAGUCACUGUUUGUUACCACACAGAGGACAGUAACAAAACAAAACUGCAAUACUAAUCCAAAAGUUCCCUGACUAGCCACUUUGUCAUUCUGUGUUGAAAUGUGAAGAUGAAUAGUACUAUUAUAGUAAACUGUGGAUAACAUUUUAAGUUCGCAAACCAGUGUGCAAUAACACCAUAUGAUCCCAUAGAGCUUGUGAAAUGGAUUGUAUGGGACCACAAAAUAGUCACACAAUGCUCUUGUGGCCUGUACUUAAGUAACUUAUUUCUGUUUCCAAAAUGUUUUAGGUUAUUAUGCUUUCAUUAUCAGUUACACAAACUCUAUUGCAAAACUUCUAAAUGUUGUGAUGUUGGUUUGGUAGAAGAGGUAGCAUUGAAAUAACUUGAGUCUAGAGAGCCCAAAUUGCCAACAUGCUAACAGGUCGGCCAUGAAUCAUUUUGUUUUACCAUCUCCAAGUCAGGAGUGUUUCUCAGCUAUGGAAGCUAGAUGACAAAGUUUCUUUUCCGUAGAAGACAUGAUUUGGUUAUUGUGUGGAUUAAUAGCACUUUAUGUAAACUAAUUGCUUUUAUCUUUUAAUUACUAGAGAGAUCUAUAUGUACUGACAAGAAGUACUCUUGAAAGAAUGGCUCUGGGCUGUUACUUUUCAGAAAAAUAAGUUGAUAAAUACAGAAUUAUUAAAUGUAACUCAGGUAGUAUUAAAAAGCCAUGACUACAUAAAAAAAUAUUUUCUGCCAAAUGGCCCGCGUCAUGUAAUGUGCCCAAAUUUAAAAAAAUUUUUAAGUACUAAAUUGGGAGUCUGAUAAUAUGGUCUCAUACGCUGUGAUGAAACACCAAAAUAUUUCAUUUGUUUAAUGUAGUGUCAUGUCAUGCAGGGUGCUGUCGUUGAAUAUUUUUGGCUGUAACCCUUUGAAUUUUACUGUUUAUUUUCUUGAAGAGCACAUUGCUCCGUGCAUGUUUUUUUUUUUUUUGUCUUAUAUCGACUGUAAUCUCACUGCAAUCUUUGGUUCAUUUUCUCUCAUUUGUUCCUAUUGAAGCACCUACUCAUUGAUGAUUUGUUAAAUAUCUGUGGUGUUUACAAGGAGUUGCAAAAAUGUGGAUAUGAGCUUUCAAGUUUGGUCCUUUCUAAGACUUUGAUUGGGGUAUGUCAGAACUUGUACUUGGUCGGAGAAAAAUUGUUUUGCACAAAUUGUCCCAACAUUUUACGUUCAUCUGUCUGAUACCUGUUAGCUCUAAUGAGGUUUGAAAGGGUUUUUUUCCCCUCUCUUUAAAACUUGUGUACAGCGUGUGGUGUGUUAUCAGAUACUUUACUCUGAAUUGGAAGAAAAUUAUGUCUUAUCUGGUCAACGAGGAAAAAAGUGUAUUUAAGUGGAUAUUGUCCAUUAGCAGUUAGACUUUUAUUAUUUGAGUGAUAAGUGGGAAUUAAUGGUCAGUCUGGCAUGAAGUUUGACACAGCUCAUCUUUAAUUUUCUUCCUAUUGCCCAUGCUUGUUAGACAGUGUUUAGAUCAGGUUGCCAUCAUGUAAAUGCCAAAUUAAACAAUAUCACACUUUAAGUUGGUAAAAAAAAAGUAUUUGGAGUUCAAUAUGCUUUUUCAAUGUAAGGCAGGUUGGUCAAAAUAACUUAGUGACAUUAAUUUAUUUUUAUUUUUGGUCCUGGUGGUUUUUCCCUUGGAGUAGAUGUUUUUGUUUUUGGAGAGACUGGUCCUGGAUACAUGGGAAAUUGGAUAUCACCCAUUCUCCUGCUCAAGGCUUCUUUUUAAAGCACUUAAUACAGCAAAAAGGCUAUAUUGAAUAUGCAUUAAAAAUAGUAGAUCUAUUAUUUAGCAUUCUAGCCUGCAAACCAAAAACUGGUUCUUAAUAGAGUAUAUGGUAGUCGAUGACGGGGGGGGGGGGUGUCAGAGCGAGUGUUAAUGUGCUUCGUGUUGAAGGAAAAGCCUGAACAUGUUGAGGUUUUUUUUUUUUACCCCCUCCCCCAGGAUGUGCAAUUGCUUAAAGGAUGCAGGCUUCCAGUUUCUGAAUGAAUAGUUUGGCCAUUUGGCCUUAUUGUUUUUGGGUGUGUGCAUUGUGAGUUCUUCCUACUAUAUGCAAGUUCCCCUUGUUCUUCAAAUUCCUUAUUGUUUCAUGUUCAGGUGCCUGUGUGAAAAAUAUACUUUUACAACGAUUUUGAUUGUUUUAAAAACUGCUUUCAGCAUAUAGCCGUGCCAUGUUUUUCUUUAUAUUUCUGUAACAAUUUGGAAUUCUGUAAAAGUUUUCUUACAGCUAUCCUGGCUGAAAGCAAUUAGGAUUUUAGAUGUUCUCUAGAUUUUGGAAGACUCAUGGCUUGAAAUUUGUGACCUAGAGCCAAAAUGAAUUUGAAUGGGACUGAUUUUGAUGACAUUUGUGACUGGCGUAUAGACAUGCCAGCUCAAUGUCAAGUUCUGUCUGAGGUAGCACAUUUUUAAUUUGAAUUGAUUUAACAAAUUAUUAUUUUAACAGUGUAUGUUUUAAUAAACUAUUUUUGUCACCUAAUUUAUCCAUAGAUGCACAACUACUUUAAAGGAAAAUUAUAGUGAGAAUAAAUUUCUCAUUUUUGAUCCAUAGUAGACUUAGGUAUUGGUCAUUAAGGCUGAUGUAGACUUUUUUCCCAUAUGGCAUCAAUGUUAAUAUAUUUGAAGAUAUUCUUUUCCAGCAUAUUUUAUACAAAUUACUUUAAUGCAUUUCUUCUAAUAGUUAUGGUGGAGUAAUGAGCAUUGAAAUGCAUCACAUCAAGAGUUCCUCUUAAUAUAUAUUUUUUUGUAGUGGUCUUGAUAAUACAGGGGAAAGUGAGGUUCGACAUAUAUAAAUGUGCAGUCUGACAACUCUAAAUCUGCUUUCGCCAAAGGUACACAACUCAGAUAUUCAGCUACUGUGUCGCCCAUGAACAGAUUAUGUGAAAACCAUCUCUGUAACAACUUUUCGGGGUAAAGGGAGGAUGUUUUCAGUGAAAUCACUACUGUAGCAGCUGAAUGUGCAUUUAUGAGUGUGUUGUGGUAUAAGUAAGGGGAAUUGCAAAAGGAACACAGUAUAAAUAGGGUUUAAAAAAAAAAUACCGAAAGUGCUGCUUCUUCAUUCAGUAAUCAAUUGUCUGUAAUGGGAAAUGCUGGACUUGGUGUUUGUGCUCCAUCUUCAAAACUGUCCCUACUACUACUUACCACUGUCCUUGCUUCUUGUGCAAACCUUUAAUUCAGGGGUGGGGGUGUUGAAACGUUUAUUUUACUCUGUGGCACCAGAGAGGUACAGUAUUCACGGUCGGGCACAUGGGGGUACAAACAAGGGCAAUGUGUGUCUUUAUGGGACUCCACUACUAUCGACCAUUACGAGGGGUGAUGUGUGGCCGAGUCAUCUUUGUUCUGUUUCUGUAUCCUCUCUAAUGGCUGUUGUGCUUGUUGAUGCAUUAUUGGUCUGCUCCUCUUACCACCGCUACACUUCUAGCCCCCAGGAUAUGAGGCAAUAGCAUUUCUUUCUCAAAUGUCUUACAAGUUGACGUUUAAGAGUGUGCAGUCUUUUUUUGGGGGGGGGGGGUUAACGGAAACAUCACAUUAAAAUGUUUUUUGUUUUUUGAGCAUGAUAAUUAUCCUCAAAUUCCAAACAAUGUAAUAGAUUCAAUUAAAAGAUACAAAAAAAAACUCAAGUGUUCACAAUUUUAGUUUCCAUUAAAAUGUCAAAUUUUCAUUAAGAAUUUACAGUGUUUCGUGUGGAUUGUUCUGUGGAUUGUUGAACAUUACUGCUUUCUAAUCUUGCAUGGAAAUGAGAGCAUGUGGGAUGCUUAAAGCACAGGCUGCCUGUAACAGUGAUCUUGGUGAGACUGUGACUCUGUAAUAUCAGUACUAAUGGCUUAUGUUUACCAUGCCACAUCAGUACCACACAAUGCACGAGUCAUGGAAGCUAUUCUGCUACAAAUGAAGGGAAUAGGAUGUGGGAUGAACUCUUGUCCAUAACUGUACAAAUAGAAAUUGUUUGGCUUUCAGAAACACAAAAAGCAAUUAGUAACAAGUCUCAGCGCAUCAUUCUACUGUAUUUGUGCAACAGUUGUGACAUUAACUCGCGUAUGUUAAUGCUAUGAUAAAGCCAUAAACAUAACA